AUUCUCCAGUCUCUGUGGCUAUCUUUCUCUCUCUAUCGAUAUCUAUAUCUCUGCGUCGCUAUUCAUCUCAUACACCUCUUUCCUCGAUCCAAUCAUCCACUCUGCGAAAAUGAAUGACGAAGUGGAGAAGAGCUGCCCCCUCUGCGCCGAGGAGAUGGAUUUAACUGAUCAGCAGUUGAAGCCUUGCAAGUGUGGCUAUGAGAUUUGUGUUUGGUGUUGGCAUCAUAUUAUGGGUAUGGCUGAGAAAGAUGAGACUGAAGGGCGUUGUCCAGCAUGUCGUACUCCUUAUAACAAGGAAAAGAUUGUUGGAACUACAGCAAAAUGUGAAAGGCUGAUGUCAGAGAUGACUGUGGAGAAAAAGUUGAAGUCACACAAAGGAAAGAGCAAAACCUCGGAAGGAAGGAAGCAACUUGGUGAUGUGCGAGUUAUCCAGAGGACUCUUGUGUAUGUUGUGGGGUUGCCACUGAAUUUUGCAGAUGAAGAUGUUCUUCAUCGCAGAGCAUAUUUUGGUCAGUAUGGAAAGGUGCUGAAGGUGUCGAUAUCGCGUACAGCAUCUGGUGCCAUACAACAGUUUGCAAAUAGUACAUGCAGUGUAUAUAUAACAUAUUCAAAGGAGGAGGAAGCAGUCCGGUGUAUCCAGUUGGUACAUGGGUUUGUUUUGGAUGGUAGGCCUUUGAGGGCAUGCUUUGGGACUACAAAAUACUGUCAUGCAUGGCUGAAAAAUAUGCCUUGCGGAAAUCAUGAUUGUCUAUAUCUGCAUGAGAUUGGUUCUCAAGAGGAUAGUUUUACUAAGGAUGAAAUAGUAUCUGCUUACACAAGAGUUCAGCAAAUUACCGGUUCUGCAAAUGCUGCGCAGCCGCGUUCAGGAAAUGUAUUACCUCCGCCAGCAGAAGAUUACUGCAACAACACCUCUGCAUCUUCAGCUAAACCUAUAACUAAAACUGCCAUAAACACAAAUAAUUCAGCUACCAGUCCUGGAGUUUCUCCACCAAAUAGUAGCUCUGGAAGAUCUGCUGCUCUUCCAGCUGGGGCCUCAUGGGGUUCUCGUCCAUUUACUAAUCAGCAUUUUUCGACUAGUACGCCAUGUUUCAAUGGGCCAUCUAAUCAGAAACCUGAAAUCUGCAAUGGUCCAUCGACAUUUUCUAAGGCAAUUGCAGGGGAAAAUCAAGUUUCUUCGUGGCAGAGUGAUACUGGAAAGAAGAAGGUUCUUAAAGAAGGAAGCACCCAUUCCCAAGAAAAACAUAGAACGGAAACUUUUGAACCAGUUAAAAAGGAAACAAAGACAGUUCGAAAAAUUACUAUACCUGACCGUUCUAUGGUAUCUGUACAUCUUCCCAAGGGACCCUUAAUUAAACAGCCUCAUAGCGCACCUACAACCAAGGCACCGUCAGAAACUUCGAGUACAGUUGAUUCUGCGACAACGUCUAGUGGACCUGCUUCAGACAGAGAUUCUAUUGAUGAUCUAGAUGGAGACAUGGAGAAUCUAUGCUCUAAUAUUUUGUCAGCAAGCAUUCAUGAAAAUCAACAGUUACAAAAUGGCUAUGCUGAGCAUUUUAGAGAACCAGUGAUUUGUCGAACAUCUGGAGAAACUGCAAAUUCAAUGGAGGUAUGUGAUGCAAGUGUCCAGUCUGAACAUAGAUUAGGUAUGCCAGCUCAAGUAACACCGGUCAACUUGCAUGAAGUAGACGAUGAUUUGUUAUCUUUUGAAAACCAAAGGAUUAAUGAUCGCGAGAUUGCCACCAAUAGAGUACCAGAUUAUCCUCACUUGUUUAAUUCAUCAAACCAUUCUAAUAUUCAUUCUCCAGAGUUACAUAAAGCUGGUGGGUCAGUCAGUAUUGAUUUUGGUAAGCAGGUUGUUGAUAGAAAUAGCAAUUCGAUGGUUUCAACUUCUAAUUUUCCUGGAGGGCAUCCUGAGAAUAUGCAAAAUAAUCAGGAUGUUAAUAAUGCCGAGUGUUUUAAUGUGUUUCCAAGUAAGGAGAAAAGGUCUCUUGUUGGGAGAUAUGAAGGUGGAGUGGGCUGCGGGGCUGUUGAUAUGGGGGAGAGCAGCAUAAUAUCAAAUAUUCUGUCUAUGGAAUUUGACUCAUGGGAUGAGUCUUUAACCUCACCGCAGAAUCUAGCUAAGUUGUUAGGUGAAACUGAUAAACAACAAGGGUCUUUUGGAGUUCCAGGUGCUAGAAAAAAUCAGAAUAGCAGCCAAUCAAGGUUCUCAUUUGCUAGAGAGGAUGAAAAUAUGAACCAUGUAUCUAAUUAUGCACAAUCUAUUGAUUACUAUGGACAAGCGCGUAUGCAGCCCCUUUCUGGCCAUGAUUUCUCUAGCGGCAACAGCUUGUAUAACGAGAAGUCUCUUAGUCGCAAUGGUUUACCUCUUUCUGGUGGUGCUGAACCGGAUAUUUUUGCCAACAGUCAUUCUCAUAUUUCAUCUAACAAGCUUUCUGUUUCAAGAUCUCAGAUAUCUGCCCCUCCUGGAUUUUCUGUGCCUAGUAGAGCACCACCACCUCCAGGCUUUUCUUCUCAAGAAAGGAGCGAGCAAGUUUACGAAUCGCUUUCUAAUGGAAAUCAUUUUCUCGAUUCUUCCUCUUUAUUUAGAAAUCAGUAUGAAACGCCCUCAAAUGGUAAUACUUUUAGUAACGGUGAUCUUGAGUUUAUGGACCCUGCAAUUUUGGCUGUUGGCAAAGGAACAUUUCCAGGCAUAGACACAAGGUCUAGUUUUUCUCCACAUUUGGGUACAUACGAAGAUUCAAGGUUCCAAUCGUUUCUACAACGAUCACUUCCUUCGCCUCAGAACCAAAGAUAUACUGAUCCGGGGGAAUCUUUUUCGACCAAUGGUGAUGCUUACAGAAUUCCUUCUAGGAUAAUUGAGCAAAAUCUGUCCAGUAAUCACUCUCCAUUUUCUCAGUUCACAAUCCCUCACUCUAGGAAUGGAAUAACUUCUAAUGGGCAAUGGCAUGACGGGUGGAAUGAGGCCCAGAGUGGGAAUAAUUUGGGUGAGCGGUCGGGAUAUAAUAACUACUAUGGUGGUUACGAAGAUUCCAAGAUCCGAAUGCCUAGUUCAGGCAAUAAUCUAUACAAUAGGACAUAUGGGAUUUAAUUUGAAGACUUCUUUUCUUUUUUUCCUUAUUGGUUUGGUGAUGAUAUAUCAAUGGUGAAAGUGGAUGAUCAUUAUAUCUGACUUUGACAGAACCUGCAUCAAGGUUUUGAAGCUAGGAGCUCGAAUUUACUCGGCAACUGGUUUUUUUUCGUAUUGACUUUACAGUAAUAUGCCGAGAGAUUUUGACAGUUUGCUUAGAAAAAGAUGCGUGCCAUGAUUAUUCUAACGACCACAUUUACGUUGGAGGAAUUAUAAACUUGUGUCAAAUGGGGAUUUGGAAGCCAACAGGUGAAAGGGUUUUAAAACUGAAGGUCGAUGCGAAGGCUGUGGCAGAUGUUGUACGUUGCAAUCCUUCGGUUUUGAGGUUUUCUUUCAAUCGGAGGGGACAACAGGUCUCACUGAUGAUAUCAGACAAGGGGAUGGUUUUACAAUAUGAGAUUAUGUGCUGCUGCCUGCUUUAUGUUGUGGUUAGAUGCAGUAAUCGAUGUUUAACAAUGGCUAAUUAGAGAGAGAUUAAUAAUGCUAAUUAAAAGAGAAAAAAUCGGAGCGAUUGCGAAUACUCUUUCAUUGGUUAGCAUUAAGUGUGAUUUAUAUAUCUUGUGUGAUUUGUGAGUCGUGGCUUGUGAGCGGAAUUUACCUAGUACAAUUCAAGUAUCUGUGCGUUCACUUUUCGAAAGAAAAAAAAUGGGUAAUUUUAUC